AGUUUGGGGGAUUUGGGGGUUUCUGGUUCUUUGGAGUUUUGGGAUUUGGGGUGGAAAAUUUAUGGGAUUUUGGUCAGGAUAUCUCAGGAUUUUAUGGGAACUUUAUGGGAUUUCAGUCAGGAUUAAAGCUUUUGGGUCAGAAUUGAGGGAUUUAGGCAAAAUUUGGGACCAAAAGUUGGGAUUUGGGGGGGAUUUAAUGGGAUUUCGGUCAGAAUUAAGAAAUCUGGACAGAUCUAAAGGAAUUUGAGGCAAAAUUCAUGGGGUUUGGGGUGGAAUUAAUGGGUUUUCAGUCAGAAUUUGGGGAUUUUAGGGAGAAUUAAUGGAAUUCAGGCCAGGAUUAAUGGGAUUUCGGCCAGGUUUAGUGGAAUUUCGGCUAAAAUUAAAGGAUUUGGUCAAAAUUUUGGGGCUUUGGUUCAGAAUUUGGGAUUUUGGUGGGAGUUGAGGGAUUUCGGGAAGGAUUAAGAGAAUUUGAGCCAGAAUUGUGAGAUUUGGGUAAAAUUUGUGGGAUUUUGGUCAGAAUUAGGGGAUUUGAGGCAGAAUUUAGGGCAUUUGGGGCAGAAUUUAAAAGUCUGAGUGAGAAUUUAAUGGGGUUUGGGGCAGAAUUCAAGGAUUUUGGCCAAAUUUAGGGAAUUAAUGGGGUUUUGGACAGAAUGAAGGAAUUCCAGGGAGAAUGAACAGAUUUUGCUUGUGAUUCAGGGUUUAGGUCAGGACUUUGGUACAGAAUUAAUGGGGUUCAGGCUGAAAUUAAUGGGAUUUAGACCAUAAUUAAUGGAAUUUUGGUUGGAAUUGGUGGGAUUUUGUGCAGAAUUAAGGGAAUUUGAGGCAAAAUCAGUAGAAUUGGAAUCACAAUUAAUGGGAUUUGGACUGGAAUUAAUGGGAUUUGAGUCAGAAUGAAGGGAUUUGGGGGUUGGAUUAAGGGAUUUGAGUUGAAACUAAUGGGAUUUUGCUUGGAAUUAAGGGAUUUGGGCUGGAAUUAAGGAAUUUUAUACAGAAUUGGUGGGAUUUUGGCCAGAUUUCUGUGAUUUGGGGUAGAAUUAAGGGAUUUGUGUUGGAAUUAAUGAGACUUGAGCCACAAUUAAGGGAUUUGGUGCAGAAUUGGUGGGAUUUGGUGCAGAAUAUCAGGAUUUGGGCCAGAAUUAAGGAAUUUGGGUCAGAAAUCAUGGAAAUUGACCAGAAUUAAAGGAUUUGGUGCAGAAUUAAGGGAUUCAGGGUAGAAUUAAGGCAUUUGUGUUGGAAUUAAUGAGAUUUGAGCCAGAAUUAGGGGAUUUGAUACAAAAUCAGUGGGAUUUUGGUUGGAAUUAAUUUGAUUUGAGCUGGAAUUAAUGGGAUUUGGGCCAGAAUUAAGGGAUUUUGUUACAGAACCAACGAGCUUCAAGCCAGAAUUUGGGGGGGAUCUGGGUCAGAAAUCUGGAAUUCAGCACAGAGCCCGUGCAAUUCGCGCCAUUCCUCCGCAGUUCCUGACCCCAGACCUCGUCAUUCCCCCCCCUCAGACCCUCCCCUCCUCCUCCAUCAUGCCCCGGUCCUGCUCCCCCCCUCCCCCUCCUUCCUCUUCCUCCUCCUCCUCUUCCUCCUCCUCCUCGCUGCUGCACGUGGAGUUCCCGCAGGUGCCGCCGGCGCUGCUCUCCAACCUGAACCAGCAGCGCCUGGAGGGGAAGCUCUGUGACGUCUCCAUCCACGUGCAGGGCCGCGAGUUCCGCGCGCACCGCGCCGUGCUGGCCGCGUCCUCGCCCUUCUUCCACGAUCAGCUGUUCCUGAAGAACCUGGACUCCAUCGAGCUGCCCGGCGUCAUGGACCCCGCGGCCUUCGCGCUGGUGCUGGGCUGCGCCUACACUGGGCGCCUGUCCAUGGCCCGCGGGGACCUGCUCAGCUUCCUGACGGUGGGCAGCGUGCUGCAGAUGUGGCACAUCGUGGACAAGUGCACCGAGCUGCUGCGGGAGAGCCACGCUGCCGAGCCGCCCGCUUCCUCCUUGUCCUCAUCAUCCUCGUCGUCUUCAUCAUCCUCCUCCUCCUCCUCACGGCUGCUCUCCAGCCGUGCCAGCGACAGCCAAUCCCCCAGCAGCACCAAUGCACUGCUCCCGGCGCCGCUGCCUGAGCUCCCGGCAGGGAAAGCGGGCAGCGAGGAGGAGGAGGAGGAGGAGGAGGAGGAGGAGGAGGGCAGCGAGGAAGGGGCCCGGGCUCUGCCCCGAAAACCGUGGGUUUUGGUCAAGCGCCAGUGGCUGCAGGAGGACCUGGUGCUCACCUGCGAGGAGGAUGAGGAACCCAUGGUGGGGGAGUGCCGGGAAAAUCUGGGAAUUCCCAAUGAGAAUGAGGGCGGGGAGGGUGGGAAAGGGAGCGCGGGAGAGGAGGGGGUGCCCGGCCAGGAAAAUCUGGGAAUGGGACCCAGGAAUAACCGGGAAAAUCCGGGAAUGGGAUCUGGGAAUAGCCCGGGAAAAUCAGGAAUGGGGCCUGGGAGGGGCUGUGAAAAUUCAGGAAUAGGACCUGGGAAUGCCCAGGAAAAUCUGGGAAUGGGAUCCAGGAGGGAUUGGGAAAAUCCAGGAAUGGGGCCUGGGAAUAGCCGGGAAAAUUUGGGAAUGGGAUCCAGGAGAGGCCGAGGUGCCUGGGGCAGUGAGGAAAUCCAUGGAAUUCCACAUGGAAAUGAGGGAAUUCUAUAUGAAAAUGAGGGAAUUUCACAUGGAAAUGAGGGAAUUUUGCACGGAAGUGAGGGAAUUUCUCACCAAAAUGAGGGAAUUUUGCAUGGGCCUGGCGGGAUUUCACGCAGAAGCGAAGGAACUGGGGGAAUGUCACACGAAAACAAGGGAAUCCUGCAGAGAACUGGGCGGAUCCCGCACAGAACUGAGGGAACUGUGCACAGAACUGACACAAUUUUGCAUGAAAAUGAGAAAAUUUUGACCGGAAUUGGAAUUUCGCAUGAAAAUGGGAUGUUGAACGGAACAACUGGAAUUUCACAAGAGAACGAGGGAAUAUUGCACAGGACUGGCAGAAUUUUGCAUGAAAAUGAGGGAAUUUUAACUGGAAUCGGUGGAAUUUUGCAUGAAAAUUCAGGAAUUUUGACCAGAACCAGCAGAAUUCGGGAUGGAACCGAGGGAAUUUUGAUUCAAACUGGUGGAAUUUUGCAUGAAAAUGAGGGAGUUUUAACCGGAAUCAGAGGAAUUUCACACAAAACCUCAGAAAUGUUGCCCAGAACUGCUGGAAUUUCACAUGAAAAUUUGGGGAUUUCGACCAGAACCAGCAGGAUUCUGCAUGAAAAUUUUGGGAUUUCAAGCAGAACCAGCAGGAUUCCGGAUGGAACCGAGGGGAUUUUGACCAGAACCGGCAAAAUUUCACAUGAAAAUUCUGGAAUUUCACCCAGACCCGCCCGGAUGGUGAAUCCCGGAGCCGCCCGCAGAGCGCCCCGCCCAGUGGGGGCGGGUCCUGGCCCCUCGCAGCUCUCACCUGCCGCCAAGGUGAGCUCGUGCGGCUCGGCCAAGGUGUUCGUGUGCCACUGUGGGAAGGCGUUCUCGCACCGCAGCAUGCGCGAGCGGCACGUGAACAUGCACCUGGACCUGCGACCCUUCACCUGUGCGCAGUGCCGCAAGCGCUUCAAGAUGAAACAUCACCUGACAGAGCACAUGAAAACCCACACUGGGCUGCGGCCCUACACCUGCAGUACCUGUGAACGCACCUUCAUGUGGAGGGACAGCUUCGUCAGGCACCGGGGCACCUGUGCAGGGACAGCUGGCACACCUGAGUGACACCUGAGUGACACCUGAGUGACACCUGGCACACCUGGCACACCUGGGCACAGGUGUGUCACACCUGAGUGACACCUGACACACCUGAGUGAUACCUGAGUGACACCUGGCACAUCUGGGCACAGGGGAUGUCACACCUGGGGAGAGAUGUCACACCUGGGCACAGGUAAUGUCACAUGUGAGUUACACCUGGUGGGGUUGGUGACAUCAUACCUGGUGGGGUGGGCAGGUGAGGGUGGAGGGGACAGCUGGGCAUGACGGUGACAUUACACCCAGGUGAGCCUGCAUCCAGGUCACAUCUAGAUGAUGUCACACUGGUGGAGGUCAUGUCACACCUGGGUAGGAGGGGGGUGUGGACAGGUGAUGUCAUAGCUAGGUGAGCUGGUGAUGUCACACUGAGGUAGAGGUGACAUCAUAACCAGGUGACACCACACCUGAAUGGAGAGGUGAUGUUGCAGCUGGAUAACUGGGUCCCAGCCACACCUGGGCACUUGGAACCCUCACACCUGGAUCUGCUUAUACCUGUAUCCCUCACACAUGGAGCCCCCACACCUGGAUCCCUCACACCUGGAUCUCUUACCCCUGAGUCCCAGCCUGCCCAGAUGUUGGGGUUCCUGCAAACCUGGAUCAGCAGUUCUCAGCACACCUGAGCACCUGCACCCUGCCCAGACACACCUGGAUCUCCCCUGGACACCUGGACCUCCUCAAAACGAACCUGGAACCCCUCAAAGACCUCUGUAUCCCCUCAGAAGACCUGGGUCCUUCCCAGGACACCUGGAUCGCCCCAAAAAGCACCUGGAACCUCCCCAAGGGCCCUUGGAUCUCUCCAGGACACCUGGAUCCCCCUGAAAGUGCCUGGAUCCAUGGAGGAACACCUGGAACUGCCCCCAGGACACUUGAGACCCCUCCCAGGAACACCUGGAUGCCUCCUGAGCACAGUGGGAGCCCUUAGGAACACCUGGAUUCCCCAAAAAAACACCUGGGACAUCCCUAAAACCACCUGGAAAUGCCUCAGGGACACCUGGAUGUCCCGUAGGACACCUGAACCUCCCUCAAGGACACCUGGAUCUCCCCAAAAAACACCUGGACCCACCCAAAACCCACUUGGAUCCCUCCAAAAACACCUGGACCCACCCAAAAACCCACCUGGACCCACCCAGGAACACCUUGAACUGCCCCCAGGAACACCUGCCCUCCCCCAACUCACCUGAACUCCCCAAACCCCACCUGGAAUCCCUAAAAACCUACCUGGAUCCACCUAGGAACACAUGGACCCACCCAAACUCACUCGAAGCCCCCAAAAAUCCACCUGGGACCUCCAAAAUCCCACCUGGCCCCUCCCCCGUGACAGCACAGGUGUGGCCGUGCCCCCCUCACCCCCCCCGGUUUUUAUUUUUGGGUCGAUUUGUGGCAAUUUUUGGUUUCCAUUGAUAAAAAUCCAACUGGGGGCA